AUGUCGCGAAGUGAAAAUAUCGAUCAAGAUUCAACGCCACCACCACCAUCAUCAUCAUUAACUAAUCGUCAUUUUCUUAUUGUUCCAUCAUUUAAUCCUGAACGUCGACAUUCAUGGGCAAAUAUUGUUUCACAUAUAUCAGCACGAAAUUCUAAUAUUAAUCCAUAUAUAAAUGUAGCAAAUGUUGAAAUUACACGGUGA